GGUGGCCUCAAACAUUGUUUCGCGAAUCGUUCGACUGACCAGUGACUUCGUGCUAUUGUGGAUCUUCAAGUUUUUCAAAGGAAAACUUCAACAAGUGAAAAAUGGCGUUCCUGAGGAUCCUGGUGUUGCUGGUCGUCGGUGUUGCGGCUGCUGGAGCGGACUGUGGUCCAGAAGACGGGGCGUUCGUGUGCCGGGACGUGUGCGGCGAGGAGGUGAGGGGCGCCGGCGGCUACGGGCGCCGCGUGACGUUCGUCGGAGCGACGCUGUUUCUGGACUGCGUCAGGCAGGCGGACUUGAAGGAAGUGAAGCUGCUGUCGCCGACGGUCUGCGUCGGACGUCGGUCCGAGAUGGAUCGAGUGGUAGCGCCGUGGAGGUGGUGCGAGGAGGUCGUGCCACCCGAACCGGAGAUUUCGACGGCGGCGGUUCCGCCGGUGGUUGAUGAGCCUCGCCCAGUGGCGCCGACAGCCAACUUGGCGGUCGUCCACGUGCCGGCGAGCAAAACGCCGUUCGUGGCUCGGGCGCCGCCCUCGACGCAGCAAAGUGUCGUGGUGGCCCAGGAGGUGCCCCACGUCAUCAGGGCGCCAUCGUACCAACACCAAGACAAAAAAAAAUAUGAGCCUCGCCCAGUGGUGCCGACGGCCAACUUGGCGGUCGUCCACGUGCCGGCGAACAAAACGCCGUUCGUGGUUCGAGCGCCGCCCUCGACGCAACAAAGCGUCGUAGUGGCCCAAGAGGUGCCGCACGUCAUCAGGGCACCGUCGUCGACGCCGGAGGUGACGGUCAACAUCAAACAUGGUGUUGCGCACGUCGAAGCGGACGUGGACCCGUGGACGGCCAUGGUUCUGGUCUUUAUGGGCCUUGGAGGUGCAGGGGCUACAUCUUUGGCUGUCUUCUUGGUCUGGCUUGUCAAGUUCAUAAGGAACAAGUCAUCGUACAUGAGGGAGCUGGUGCAGAUGCUGACGCCGGAGGAUCAGCCAGAUCCAGAAGUCCAACCAGUGGUAGAUCUGCUGGGGCUGGAAGAGACGGAUAAACCCGUCGAGAACGUCGAGAAAGGGGAAAUGGUCCUUGAGGACACUAAUCCGUUUAAAGAGAUGUUUAACGCGUAAUAUGUAAAAAUCGCGUCAAAGAAAGAAAGUGCCAUUUUUCAUACCCGCGUUUUUUAUAUGGGUAAAAAGGCAAUAAGAGAAAUUUGUAAAAGAA